UAAUGGGUUUCAUCACUUUCAUAUUGAGGAAGGUGAGUACUGAGUUUCCUAGUGUUUUUAUGAGCUUUUGUGAACAUCUAUCUUGUUACAAGUUAUGGAAUUGGAUUUAUAUUUAGUGUGGUCGUUUAACUUUCUGUUUGUUUGGUUGAUCAUUGCUGCAAAAAUGUGGCCCGUAGCCGAUAGUAGUUCUGAUUUUUAUUGUGCCAAGAACUGAUUGAAAUUGGGAUCAUGAUAUAGUGGUUUUAAAGUUGGAAGUAAAUUGUUAGUGUUGUCUGUAAGCUAAGCUGCAACUUAGUUGUCAAUUCUGCAACAAGUGAGAAACUGAGUGAGAUGGAUUGGACCAAGAAUAUUCAGAUCUGUGAAUUAGUCGCUCAUGAUAACAGGCAAGCUAGAGAUGUCAUCAAAGCUAUCAAGAAACGUCUGGGGAGUAAAAAUGUGAAUUCUCAACUUUAUGCAGUUAUGUUGCUGGAGAUGUUGAUGAACAAUAUUGGGGAACAAAUACAUAAGCAAGUGAUCGAUGUUGGGAUUAUUCAUAUUCUGGUGAAGAUAGUGAAGAAAAAGUCAGAUUUACCGGUGAGGGAGCGCAUUUUUCUACUGCUAGAUGCGACUCAUACAUCCUCUAGAUUCUUAUUACUUUCAUGUGAUGAUUGUCUGACUCCUUCUGAAUCAUUUAUUUAGAGUGCUGGAAUACAGUUCCCUCAAAGGUCCGGUCCCUUCAAUUUGCCAAGUACCAGAACCAACUAAGAAUAAUAUACCUAACAGGGAUGAAGGGGUUGCUCCCCGAGUGGAGCCACGUGUUGCUCCUGAAUCUAGGUACAUUUACUUCAACUUUUAAUGUAAACUUCUGUUUUGUAGAAACCACAUAAUGAUGCAUGCUGGUCCAUCCCCUACAAUAAAAUAGAUACACAAACAUCCAUUGCAUACCCUCCAUGUAUUC